AUGGAGGUGAAAAGCAUGUGGGAGGCCCUGCAACUCCACGGGCAAGUGGUGAAGCUGGGAUUCCGGCACCACCACGCCUCUCGCAACUUCUCGAACCUCUUCACCUUCCUCGCUCUCUCUCCCAUGGGCGACCUCAACUACGCUCGUCUUCUUCUCGCCACCAACCCCGCUCUCAACUCCUACUACUACAACACCCUCAUUCGCGGCUUCUCCCACAGCUCGAACCCGACCCAUCACCUCCGCGCCCUUUCCCUCUUCCUCUCCAUGCUCCACCCCCACUCCCCCCACUUCCCCCCUCCCGACAACUUCACCUUCCCCUUCCUCCUUAAAUGCUGCGCGCGUUCCAAACUCGCUCCUCAGGGCAAACAGCUCCACGCCCUCAUCAUCAAGCUCGGAUUCGCCCCGGACCUUUAUAUCCAGAACGCUCUCAUCUACAUGUACUCCGAGUUUCGCGAUGUGGGCCUCGCAUGGGCCCUGUUUGAUACAAUGCCUCACAGAGACGUCGUUUCCUGGACUUCCAUGAUUGAUGGGCUUGUCAACGAUGAUCGACCUGUUGAGGCUAUCAUGUUUUUUCGGCGAAUGUUGGAAUAUAAAAUAGAGGUCAACGUGGCCACGGUCGUGUCUGUUUUGAGAGCGUGUGCGGAUUCUGGAGCCUUGAGUUUGGGGAGGAAAGUGCAUGGGAAGUUGAAGGGAUGGGGAAUUGGAGUUUACUCUUCGUCCAAUGUUGCCACUGCUCUUGUUGAUAUGUAUGCUAAGAGUGGGUGCAUAGAGAGUGCACGGAAGGUGUUUGAUGAUGUUUUGGACAAAGACGUUUUUGUUUGGACUGCAAUGAUUUCUGGCCUUGCCUGCCAUGGGCUAUCCAAAGAAGCUGUUGAAAUGUUUGUUGACAUGGAAGGUUCUGGAGUAAAGCCUGAUGAGAAGACGGUGACCGCGGUUCUAACCGCAUGUAGGAAUGCAGGCUUGUUUCAUGAAGGUUACGUGUUUUUCAAUGAUGUGCAAAAACGUUAUGGGAUGAAACCUACGAUUCAUCAUUUUGGUUGCUUAGUGGACCUCCUUGCUAGAGCAGGGCGGUUGAAGGAAGCUGAAGAUUUUGUUAAUGCAAUGCCUGUUGAACCGGAUGCCGUGCUUUGGAGGACGCUGAUAUGGGCCUGUAAAACUCAUGGGGAUGCUGACAGGGCUGAGAGGUUGAUGAAGUGCCUUGAGAUACAAGACAUGAGGGCUGAUGAUAGUGGAAGUUACAUUCUUGCUAGCAAUGUUUAUGCGUCAACGGGGAAGUGGAGUAAGAAGGCAGAAGUGAGGGAGUUGAUGAACAAGAAGGGACUGGUGAAGCCCCCAGGGUCUAGUAGGAUUGAGGUUGAUGGUCGUGUGCAUGAGUUUGUGAUGGGAGAUUACAAUCACCCCGAGGCGGAGAAAAUAUUUGUAAAAUUGGAUGAGGUGGUGGAUAAGCUAAGACAAGAAGGGUAUGAUCCCAUGGUUUCCGAAGUUUUGCUUGAGAUGGAUGAUGUGGAAAAGGCCGUUCAGUUGCUUCACCAUAGUGAGAAGCUUGCUCUUGCUUAUGGACUAAUUAGGACAGGCCAAGCGUCUGCAAUACGGAUUGUGAAGAACCUAAGGUCUUGUGAGGACUGUCACGAGUUUAUGAAACUAAUCUCCAAGAUAUACCAAAGAGAUAUCGUAGUGAGAGACAGAAUACGCUUCCAUCAUUUCAGAAAUGGAGUCUGCUCUUGUAAGGAUUAUUGGUAG